AUGGCCUUGCAAAGCACCAUUCUCCUGGUUAUCAUAUUGGUCGUGAUUCCCUUAUACAUCAUCUAUAAGCCACCAAAAGUAGUCAUCAGGUACUUCCAGAACCGCUUCCCGGAGGUUUUGUUCCAGGUCGAGUCCGGCAAGAAGAUCAUAGCAUUAACAAUUGAUGAUGCACCGAGCCCCUAUACUCGCGCAAUCUUGGACAUCUUGCAACAAAACGAGGCCAGUGCGACAUUUUUUGUAAUUGGCAAUCAGGUCCCUCAGCAUGAGACUAUGCUUUCGGAGAUCGUGAAAGCCGGGUCGGAACUAGGGAACCAUGCCAUGCAUGACGAGCCAUCAGUGAAGCUGCCAAGCUCGACUUUGGAGGAAGAGAUUCAGCAGGUCGAUGAAUACAUCGAGCAUGCCUUCGAAGCCGCUGGAAAGGAGCGUACGGACCGCUACUUCCGCCCAGGAUCUGGAGUCUUCAGUCGAAGAAUACUGGACGUGGCAUCAAUGGCCAACUAUAAGACUGUGCUAGGCAGCAUCUAUCCCCACGACCCUUUCAUCCCCUACUGGCGCAUCAAUGCCUGGCACGUUCUCAGUCUGCUUCGGCCCGGCGGGAUUAUUAUAUGUCACGAUCGAAGAUCAUGGACCGUGCCGAUGUUGAAGAAAGUGGUGCCGGAGAUGAAGAAGCGAGGCUAUCAGGUGGUCUCGGUAUCGAAAUUCUUGGAGCUUGCCAAGACUUGA